UACCAAAGGCAAGGCAAAUUCCAAAACAGCUCCCUCCUCAACAUUUCCUCUGUCUUCAUCACCUUCUUCUUCCUUUGCUCGUAACCGGAGGAAAUCAAUUAUCUGGGAAAAGGGUUUCGGGAUUUCUUCCCCGAUUUUGACUGUGAAAUCGAAAUUAGCCGAUUUCUUCGUCUGUUGAUUUCAGCGUCCGACGAUCAGCAUCGCGCGUUUUCCUGUCCAUCAUCGUCCUCGAUCGUCGUCGGGACCCUCGUUUUGAUCAAUCGGUUUUCUGAAACCCUAGGAAUCAUCGGAGUUUUUUGAUACUGCCGUGUUUCGUGGAUUGGAUUCGAUGGCCGGUUUGACUGAGAAUAACAUGGAAUUCUCGGGGAAGACGAAAUCGUCGGCCGUUUCGUCUAAUUUCUUCAACCGGUCCCUGACGAUACACGGGAGGCCGAUGGAGUCAAACCCAAAAUCUCACCAUCACCUCAACCCGUCUCUCAAUCGUACCACGUCCAUUACCAAAUUCUACAGCCCAAUGGAAUCGAUGGGGAAUUCUCUCAAAGGAAAAGUCAAGAGCCUCUGUAAAUUAUUCGAAGGCUCAAGAUCCUCGAAAUCGAGCUCAACAAAGUCAGAAUCAACGCUUGCAAAGACGAAAUCUGGGAAAAUGCAGGCAUCCGAUUCACGAAUGUCCCCAUUUUUCAGCUCAAACAGCUCUUUGAUUCGUCUUCCGGGAACAGAGGAUAGGAUCGUGGUGUAUUUCACUAGUUUACGAGGGAUUAGGCGGACUUACGAGGAUUGUUAUGCUGUGCGGAUGAUAUUUAGAGGGUUUAGGGUUUGGGUCGAUGAGCGCGAUGUCUCCAUGGAUUCUGCAUAUAGGAAAGAGUUGCAGAACGUGUUGGGGGAGAAGAAUGUGACAUUGCCUCAGGUGUUCAUUAGAGGGAAGUAUGUGGGCGGUGCUGAUGUGAUCAAGAGCUUAUUCGAGAUUGGAGAGCUCGCCAAGGUCCUUGAAGGGUUCCCAGUUAGACAACCCGGGUUCGUGUGUCAAAGUUGCGGGGACAUUAGAUUCAUACCGUGCUUGAACUGUAGCGGGAGCAAGAAAUUGUUCGACGAGGACGAAGAUAUGAUCAAGAGAUGUCCGGAAUGCAAUGAGAAUGGAUUGAUACGAUGUCCGGAUUGCUACACUUAGAGGAACCAACCGAGGAAAAAAAACUCCAAAAAAAUUGAAAAAGACAAAAAAAAAAGGUGUGUUUUUUUUUUCUUCCUUUUAUGUAUUGUCUCACUGUCUGCAACUGUGUCGAGGCCGGAAUCCAAAACACUCUUUUGGAUCCACAGCGUUUUCGCUAUCCCUUUCAUCGCGGUAUGGGACCGGUGAUGAUCAGGGGCUUAGAUUUUCAGCUAUGGCUAUGAAGCUGUUAAGGAAGUGUAGAAGUAUGGAAAUCAAAAUGCCGAAAUGGGUUAGUAAGCAUUUUGUGUUUCAGUGAUUGUGCGUGUCAAUGUUGUGAAGCGGAAGACAACUGGGUUCUUUCUGCACUCGAUUUGUAAAUAUUAGCGUGCUUUAAUGAAUUUGCUGCUAAUAUAUGGUUUUGAUGUCAUUAAGAAAA